AUGCCGCUCUUGCCUCAGAGGAACGGGCCUCAUCUCGGGGCGUCUACACCGCAGUCCGGGGAGCCGCAGGCUCUGAAUAAGACGGAGACCCAUUCAGGCAUAGAUUCACGGAAAGGCUCGCGCGCCCCUCCCUCCUCUCUCGCAGGCCUCCCGCCUGCAGGCAGAAGAAGCGGAAGCGGAGAGCGUUUUUCUCUCUCGUUCACACACACUCGAAGCGAGAAUCCUGCCGCCGGAGAGAAAACCCAGAGGGGCUACCCGCCUGCCCGCGCAGGCCUCCCUCGCGAGUCUCGGCGUCCGCAGCGAGAAGACAGUUCCACGAAAGUGCAAAGUGUCUCUCCUCAGAUUCCUUCGCUCCUGUCUUCCGCCACAGUCUUCUCUCACCCUGUGCACGCAACGUUCGCCUCGCAACUUCGCGCGCCUUCUCGCAACACGUCCCGAACGCGUGUCUCGUCUUCACUCGGCCAUCUCUCGCCUGUCGCCUCUCUCGACCUCUCUGGUUGUGCGUUUGAAGGCCAGCCUCCAGCGCCGGAUCCACGGACUUCUCGCGGCUUCGCGCGCGGAGAACGGGACAGGGCGUCUCCGCGGGAGAGACGUCCAGGCCUCCCACCCCACACGCAGGACCUGAGGCGAGCAGGUGUCUCCUCGUCACCCCACAGGAGCCCCACGCCUUCGUACCUGAACCCAACUGUCUCCUCGCGUCAGCGCUCCUUGUCCCGGAGGUCCGAGGAGCCGCGCAGCGGAGACAGUUCUACAUCCCGCAGCCGCUCGACUUCCAAGUCCCGCGAGAGGCCCGCGCGAUCUUCACAGCGGCAGACUUCGCCCUCGUCUCCCUUCGCUCUUUGUUCGUCUUCCACAUCGUCGCUGUCUUCCUCUGCGCUCCGCCUUUCCAGCGUCUCUGCAACUCCAGGGGGGCUGCCGCCGCUUCCGCCCGCGUGCCGCUCUCGGCCGCUCCGAGGGCGAGACGAAGAGGGCGAGGGCCUGCGUCAGAGACGCUCUUCGCAUUUAGAAAGCUCCUCGCGCGUGCGCUCUUCUUCAGAAAGGGAAUGGCUUCGCGUGGACGAACGCGCUUCGCUGGCGAGCCGCAAGACACAGCCACAGAGGCCUCUCGGCGAGACACCCGAGGCCGGGAGGCGGGAGGAGAGACCCGCAGAGAGGAGGUCCGUGGCGCGAAAGGGCACGGAAUGGGAAGACCAAGGAGAGAGAACCGAAGGCAAACACGAAGGGAGAACAGAAGCGCGCGAAGCGACAUGCGGGAGAAGAAGCGCAGAAACCGCGGGCUGGAAUCGCGAGGCGCGGCACAGCGCUGGGCGAGAUGUCCAUCCAGCGAAGCCACGGCUUUCGUCCUCGUCGGUUUCCUCGCGAAAAGAAGAGUGCGCACAGUUCGAAACCCCGUGGGCGUUGGGUCCGCCGUCAACGCCUCGCCGUCGGUCUUCCUCGUCUUCGUUUCUUCCGUCGUUCGCUUCGUGUUCGUCCCGUCGCACAAAGGAGGGAGUCUUCGAGGAGAUGGAAAGCAGGCCGAGGCUCGGCGACCGGUCCUCCUCGUCACAGGAGGGCUUUUUGAGAGAUGAAGGCGAGCAACGGGAGAGCGGCAUGGCGCACUCCGAGAGGGUGUCUUCCUCUGCGGCAUUCUGCAGAGAAGACGCACAGCCCCGGCUUUCUGCGUCUUCCCGUUUCUCGUCGUCUGGGCACGUCCGCGGAGAUGCCCGUGAAGAAGCGGGAGCUCGUCCUUUCCAGGAGUAUGCGUCUUCCGUUCCCUUUUCGUCUUCUCUUCGCCAGGCUGUCGGACCUCCCUUUCAGGUGCGACGGAGCAGUACCGAGGAGACGUCAGCGUUCGAAGGGCGAGAGGCGGUGUCUAUGGAGCCGCAAAAGGAGAAGGAAUGCGAGGCCGAAAACCUUUUGCGACGGAGCAGUGCCGAGGAGACGUCAGCGUUCGAAGGGCGAGAGGCGGUGUCUAUGGAGCCGCAAAAGGAGAAGGAAUGCGAGGCCGAAAACCUUUCCUCGAGUUCCUGGCUGGAGAGUGAUCCUCUGUUUCGCGAGCUCUCGGCGCGCGACGCGUCCGCAGUCCGCGAACUGCCUGUCGAUCUCCUGCUCGCGGACGACGAGCCUGCGGCGCCUGGAGCCCAGAGCCCCAAAGGGUCGCCUCGCGGUCGACAAACGGAGACAGGGGUCUUCGCGGCCGGAGACAGCCGUCUAUUUCUGUCGCAGCAGCACUCAGACGACGGCCGCGAGGUUCCCACGCGCUCAGGAGACCACAGAAAAGACGAAAAGGCAGAGACAGGGGAGAGAAACGAAGGGAGACUGGAGCCGCCGUGUCUCUCCAGAACCGGAGAGAACCGAGACGCGUGGGGCGAGAGCACACAGGCCGUCCGCGCUGCGGUGGCGGGCAGCGGAUUCUUCUCGCUCUUUUCUCGGCAAACCGCGCCGGCAGAGCGCGAGGCGCACCCUGUCCGGAAUGGCGAGGCGCGUUUCUCAGUCGCGGCCAUCGAAGCGGAGAAAGAAGCAGAUGUCGCAGAGAGUGGAGGACGAGAACAGGAUAGGGAAACGCAAGAGGAGAGGGCAGACAACGAAGCGGAAGGAUCCAAUCGAAUGCUCGACGUCUCUCCCAACUAUUCGAGACGCUCACCCGGUCUCGCCUCUUCUGCAUCCGCGAAUGCCGUCAGGACUUCUCUUCCGCCUGCGUCUUCCUCGGGAAGCGUCUCGAGAGAGAGAUCAGAUCUUCGUUUCGCCGCUCGCCCAGCGUAUCCUUCUUCGCUCCCCCCUCCGCCUAAGCGAGGAAGCGUCAGGGCGGAAACGCUUGCCUCGUUAACAGGGGCCGGGGCGUCUUCUCUGAUCCCCAAAGCGAGGCCUGCCUCGUUCGCCUGUCCAGCAACGCAGAGACUCGCGCAGCCCAAGACUGCCUCCAAACUCAGCUUUGCGCCUUCUUCCCUCUCUUCCCUCCUUUCUUCUGUCUCUGCGUCGUCGGCUGUGCCGGGUGUCGUGGGCAGACACCAGCGACGACCAGAGCGCGUUGCGGAGGGAAGCGGCGCAGAGAGACGUUUGGAGAGGACGGGUGAGGCGCGUCUCGUUGGACGGCUCUGCUCGUCUGAGAGCGUCGAUCUCGAUCCAGAUCGAGACGGAAACGGCCUCGCGCGACCUCGCCCGAGAGAAGGGGCGAGCAGACGAGAGAGAAGAGAAGACGAAACUUGCGAGAGCGGGGAGUGCGUCUCCCCCACUUCCUCAGCCGGUCCGACGAGAGAGGCACGCGGGCGCGACGCCGACAAGGCGGGAGCAGUGGCGGGCGACUUUUUCGUUUCUUCGUUUUGUUCACUUUUCCGGCGGCCGUUGGGAAACGGGGCGGCGCGUGCGCCGUCUGUCGCAGAUGCGAAAGGUAGAGAAAAAUCAGAAGUUUCCAGUCUCCGCCUUUGGCGCCGCAUCGCGCGGAGAACGCUCACGAUUCUUCUCCUCCUGUGCCGAGUUCUCACCUCCUCGUACGACUCGCUCGUCGCCCACGGCGGCGUGCGGGGCAUCAUCGCAACUCUCGACAAGGGAGAGAAGGGACAAGCAAGCGGAGAGAAAGGCGAAGAGAAAAGUGGAGAGGAGAGGAGAGAAAGAGGCGAGGCAGGCGACAGAGGAGAGGUCGCAGAAGAACAGAACGCGGCUCCGGGGCAGGGAGGGGAAGGCAGUCGGAGACGCGCAGUGGAGAGGAAAGCUCUGGGAAGCGCGAGAGGCUACGCGUGCCGAGAAGGAAGGAGAGAAGAGCCAGAGAAUGGAAGUGACAAGUCUGGGAAGAUGGAAGAAGCGAGACACCGAGAGGCAGAGCGAGGCGGGCGGCAGUGCACAGGUGUCGUGCCGGCGGAGAGCCUCGCCUCAAGGGCGCAAACGCCGAAAGGGGAAAAAGGGAAUCGUGCGACUGACUUCUUCUCUCUUCUCGUCUGCAGGCGCCGAGAAGGCGAAAAGGAGGUCAAAGAGAGCGGCGAGCCGGGUGCCGGGAAUUCGUGGGGAAACGGGACGGGAGAAGAGCGAGAAGACGCGUCGGGCGUCAGCGAGAAGGAAACGAGAAUUCAAGAGAUCGAGCAGGCAUCCGGACGAUCUGCGACAACGGAUCGGGCAUCUUUCCUCUCGUCACCCCUCUUCUACGUUGCAGUCUUUUGCUUCCUCGGGGCGGUUUUCUCGUUCCUAACUCAAAUCGAAUCCGAAGAUGAAUUCGUCGACCUCGACGUCAUGUAA